AUGAUCGAGGAGGUACCGGACGUCAUUGCGUAUGGCGUCACGCUGGACGGAGAGAAGGAUAACAAAUACGUCAAGGGUGUGAGAAUAUGCAGGACUUGUCGCGCCGUUGUUUCGAAACAGCAGUAUAAUAUCGAAGCUGCGACCAUUCCUGCGUUUUCAAGGAUUUACCAGGCGUUGCUACGAUUGGAAGGGCAAAUCGAGGACGAUCUGCCUCAGUUCCAAGAACUAGUGUUAAACCUCAAAAACGGCACCCACUCCAACCCUUCGGCUACAUCCACAACAGCCGCAGCCCGCAAAUCCCUCCUGGACCGAUUCCACGAAUACGAUCGACUGGCCAAACGACUGAGGGCACUACCGUGUCAGCCUGGAAGCUCGCAAGAAAAGGUGCAGAUAGCUGUGUCGACACGGGCAAACGUCUUUCUCCAGAAACACAUGUUCCCCCUACAGACGCUCCCCAAGAUGAAGCAGCUCGCAAAAGCAGCUACCGAUACUCGACGACCCAGGCCACGCGAUCCAGCCGCUGUUGGAACAAGAAGCAGUCUUGGAGCAGAUGCUCGCCGAAGCCCAGGCAGCACGCAAGAUCGAAGACGCGCAAACGCUCAAAGCAACCUGACAGAAAUCAGAAACGAAAUCCGCCGGUUCAUGCGGUGA